AUGCCUCGAGGGUCUCAGUCAUUACUGGACCGAUCCCGCCUUCCGAACGAAGACGCGGUCUCCGACAUCAAUCACAGCGAAGAAGUCAUAGGGUGCAAAUACAAUGGAAAGAGGUAUUAUAUGGGUCUUCUACUUAAAAAGGUCCACCGUGAUCGCCUAGAACACAUCGUCUGCCCUCAUGCUGACAACAUACAACUCCACCUACAAUCUGGGUGGAACCAAGCUUUCCUCAAAUCAACUGUGCUUGCGUUUGCCAAGCAGUUCCUCCAUGUAGGCGAUCGGGCCAUGAUUAUCAAAGGAGACCUUAAUUCAGAGAUUGGUCGAGUUGUCUCGACCAACCAUCCUGCCAGUUCCGUCACCUUGAAGUUGACUUUGAGUGGUCGCCCAAAGGAAAUAAAUUUUCGAUUAGAGGAGAUAGAGCGCAUUUUUCAAGUCGGCGACACAGUUCGAGUAGUGGCAGGUCCGUACUUAGGGGUGGAAGGGUACAUCAUUCAGAUGACAGGUGAUAUAUUCUGUCUUUGUCAGGACGUCUCAAAAGAAGAGUUGGAAGUUUCCAAGUACUACCUAGACCGUCGCCCUUUGAGUCACACCCCGCAAGCACGGCUUCCAACUCAGCAACUUUUUAAUCCUCCCCCUGAUAUUGAAUCUAUUCAGAUUGGUGAUUCUAUAGAUGUGCUUAUGGGGGAACAUAUAGGAAAAUCUGGCAUCGUGCACUGGCUCUCCAAGGGAGGGAAUUAUCUGUGGUUCCAGCACGAAUCAUUGAACAUCCCAGUUCCAAUUAAAGUUGUUCAGCGGAUCUUCAAGCCCCAGACACUCCAGUAUAUGCAAGAUAAGGGUUACAAUGUUAAGCCUGGAGAUGUUGUGAGAGUCGCCCGUGGGUCAGAGUAUCCCGUGAAAGGGGUCAUCGACCACUCACUUGUUCACGUUCCCAUUGGAUUCGUGAUCAAAGUGUACAACGUCAGCCUGGAUUCUUUCAAGAAGGACAUUGGGCAAGAAGUUUUUAUUAUUGGAGGUGGCCGUAAGGGCUACCGAGCCACAUUGUACAGUUUCAACUCCACGGAUUGCACUGUUGCCCUGCAUGGACAGCAGCGCACUAAGAUUCAGCUCAAGGACGUUGCUACCAGGACCCGACAUGUUAUCUUUUUGCGAGAUGCGGAGAAGAUCUUACUUGGUCCCGCAACCGAGAAGCGUCACCCCCCCCCCCCUGAAAAGGUUGUCUCAAGUUCGUCAGCUUCUAUUGCAAAUCUGUCAUCAAUCACGUGGACCAACUGGGGUGCUAGCUCCGAGGAUCUGGGCAUGGCCGAUAACCCUUCUAGCCUCAAUCCAUCACAGACUGCCGACCCCUGGACUGUCGAUAUCAAUGACAUGCUUGACGCUAGAACGGAAAAAACCGAAAAGAGCCCACUAGCAUGGUUGAUGAGCAAGGAAUUUUUGUCCAAGUUCACCACUUAUCACGCAAUGUUGAAAGUUUCUCCCUCCUUCAUGGGAGGCAGACUACACAAUCGAUUCGCAUCAAUGGCUUGUCCUGAUCCCUUCCUCGGUCAGAAUGGACCCGCCUCCGAAGGCUGUGUUGCAGUAUUCUGCUCGUCGAAUACUGCAGGCGCUGCGAUUCAGCACUAUCACAUACCCACCACAGAUUUGAGCCCAGCCCCUCCGCGCAAAAAAAACCAACAGUGUAUUGUUCUCGACGGAAGUUAUCGCGGUUGUAUCUUUAAUGUAGCUAAGUGUUUCCUCAAGAAGAACACUGUGGAUAUCGCAGUUACUCCGUCGGUGUUUAUCAAUUUGCGCUUUGGUCAGAUUUGUCUUGUAGAACAGUCACGCAUCACUAUGUAA